AUGUCGCCUACGUCGGAAAACAGUGGCCGCAAGAAGAGCCUCAUUGUCAAUGCAUUCGUUGAGAUGUGUAGCGGCCACCAGUCCCCGGGACUUUGGCGGCAUCCGGACGACCAGUCAUGGAAAUUCACCGACGUCGAGCACUGGGUUGAGCUAGCUAAGACUCUCGAGGAGGCAAAAUUCCAUGGCAUCUUCAUCGCCGACGUGCUUGGAGGCUACAACGUCUACAAGAAGUCCUUAGAUCCUGCAAUUAUCACUGGUGCGCAAUGGCCUGUGAACGAGCCCCUCUCCGUGAUUCCUGCCAUGGCCGCAGCGACCAAGAGCAUUGGGUUUGGAGUGACCGUCUCGACUACAUAUGAGCAGCCCUAUCACCUUGCGAGGCGGCUGUCUACUGUCGACCAUCUUACGAAGGGACGUCUUGGCUGGAACAUUGUGACAGGAUAUCUCGAUUCGGCUGCCCGCAACUUGGGACGGACCGAACAGCCUGCCCACGAUGAUCGCUACGCCCAAGCCGAGGAGUACGUCAAAGUGAUGUACAAGCUCUUCCUCUCCUCGUGGCGCGACGACGCCGUCCAGCUCGACCGCGAAAAGGGCAUCUACACCGCACCGGAACUCGUGCGAGAAAUCAACCACCAAGGCAAAUUCUUCACCGUCCCCGGCCCCCACAUCGUCCAGCCGAGCCCCCAGCGUCUACCCCUCGUGUUGCAGGCGGGAACAUCCCGCGCGGGGAAGCAAUUCGCGGCCCAGCAUGCCGAGGCAAUCUUCGUGUCCGCCCACGCGCCCAACGUCCCUGCCAAGAGCAUCGCGGAAAUCAGGCAGCUGGCGAAGGAAGAGUUCGGAAGGGACCCCAACAAUAUCAAGGUGUUGGCGCUCGUGACGCCUAUUUUGGGCAGGACCCAGGAGGAGGCGUUGGAGAAGUAUAAGGAGGCGGAGAAGUAUGCGUCGGAUGAGGGUGCGUUGGCGCUGUUCGCGGGGUGGACGGGCAUCGACCUGAAUGAGUAUGGUGAUGACGAGGAGUUGCGAGAGGUGGAAAGCAACGCCGUGAGAUCCACCGUCAGAGCCUACGCCCAGUUUUCGCCUCAAGACUCAAAGUGGACGAAACACACCAUUGCCAAACAUAUCCGACUAGGAGGCAAUGGACCUAUCCUCGUAGGAACCCCCGAAAAGGUCGCCGAUGACCUCGAGACCUGGAUCAACGUGGCCGAUGUUGACGGUUUCAACUUUGGAUACGUCUUGUUCCCCCAAUCCUUCAAGGAUAUCAUCGAGCUGCUGCUUCCAGAACUCCGCAAGCGCGGUCUCUUCUGGGACGAUUACGCGGUGCCGCAGGGAACAUACCGAGAGAACUUUUACGGCCGGGCGGGCCAGAAAUACCCCAUUGACGAACACGCGGCGGCCGCAUUUCACUGGAAGGCGGGAGUGCCGGCUAGCGAACAUGUCAUCCCGGAGUAG